AUGUCUUCACUUUAUAAACAUAAAUCUGGAGCUCAAAAAUCAACAUUUAAAUUAAAAAUGGAAGAAAAAGCAGUUUCAAAAACUCAGGUAAUAAAUAAAUUUGUUUAAACUAAAAGUAUCAGAAAAAAUAAAACAGUCUCUGUUAGGUUUUAGAGUAGAAAGCCAAUUAAAAAAACAAAUUCUUAGUGAAACAGAAAAAUGGAAAUAUAUCCUAAAAAGACUGCUUAAUGUAACUAUUUCUAGCUUCAGAGCAGUUUUUCGAGGCAGUAGCACCCAAAUUAGUGAAGUAAAUAAUGGUAACUUUCUUGGGUUAUUAGAACUUCUUGGACGUUACGAUGAAAUACCAAGAGAACAUUUAGCAUAUAUUCAAAAAUAUCAAAGGGGGGAGUAUGAAAGGAAAGACCCAUUAUUUAUCUUGAAUGAGUCAAAAUGAAUUUAUUUCCCUUUCUGGUAAUAAUGUUUCAAGGUACAUUCUUGAUGAACGAACUGAAUCAAUAUAUUAUAGCAUUAUUAUAAAUGCUACUCCUGAAAUUUCACACCAAGAAUAGAAUGUAUUAGUUUUAAGAUAUGUUUCGCGUAACAGACAAAACAAUUUGAAAUUCAAGAAAGGUUAAUUGAGUUUUUAAAUUUUAAUGGAAAAACAUCAUACAAUUUAAUUAGUAGAUAUUUGAUCCCAAGCGUAUGAUAAUGUUUCUAAUAUGAUUGGAAAAAUUAAGGGUUUGUAAAUUCGUAUUCUAGAAAACAUAUCUUGCUUUUUAUUUGCCAAUAUUCAUUUCCUUAAUGUUGAUGUAAAUGCAGUAAAAAUAGAUUCAAGAGUUCAAUCUUUUUUUACGUAUGUACAAAGUUUAUAUCUAAGUUUUUAGUAUCAGCCCAACAUAAUGGAAUAUUUUAAAUGAGGUUGGUGUAUCGUUAGAAUCUCAGUCUGAAACACGUUAGAGCUUCAAUGUUUCAGCCAAAUGUCCAAAUAUAUAAAUGAUAUAAAACAUCUUCCUGGUAUUUUAAAAUCAUUAAAUAGAGUCUUAACUGAAAUUAUCUUAAUAGAUAAAAUACGUAUAAUAUAAGGCACAAUUUCGAGCACAAACAAUGAUUGCCCUAUCUGGUCAAUAUAGAACCGAUUCGUAUUAGGAGAAAUAACAGCGUGUUGAAAGAAAAUGAUAAAAUAGAUAGACACCAGGAAUUGCCACUAAAUGAAGACGGAAUUGUAAGCCCGAGACUUAAGUCUCGGAAACCGUUCCUACUAAGAGAUCGGACCAUUACCGAGGUGAGGGAAAACAUCAUAGAUACGUGGCAGGCUGAAUGGCUGAGAGAGAGACUAGGUGGCAUCUACGCAGAUAACGUGUGCACUCCAGUUCUAGGCAUGGACCUCCCGAGGAAGCCCUGGGUUAGACAUAUAGAUAAUAGGUAUGUUUAA